GUUAAAUUCACGCAUGCCUUUAUUUUCCAUACUGAGGAUCACAAAAAAUCAGUUCUCGAAAGCCUUCAAACUUCAUAUCGGAUCUGGAGGACUUUCUUUUAUCUGCUUCGACUUUUUGCAACAAAUCGAAUUCGAUCCAGAUUCGCUUGUUUUUAUCUUUCAUUUUGAACUCAGUUUGCGCCAGAUUCCGGGGUUUUUGCUGUAAUUAAGAGCAGGCAAAAUGCCGUCUACGUUCGGAGAGAAAUUGACGACAUUCGAGGACUCCGAGAAGGAGAGCGAGUAUGGAUACGUUCGGAAGGUAUCAGGACCUGUUGUUGUGGCAGAUGGAAUGGGAGGAGCUGCUAUGUAUGAGCUUGUUCGGGUGGGCCACGAUCAUCUUAUUGGUGAAAUUAUUCGUCUGGAGGGUGAUUCGGCCACCAUACAAGUUUAUGAAGAGACUGCUGGUUUAAUGGUGAAUGACCCUGUCUUGCGGACACACAAGCCACUAUCUGUAGAGCUUGGACCAGGAAUUUUGGGUAAUAUUUUUGAUGGCAUUCAGAGGCCUUUGAAGGCAAUUGCUAUAAAGUCUGGUGAUGUGUAUAUUCCUCGAGGAGUUUCUGUUCCAGCACUUGACAAGGACACAGCCUGGGAAUUCCAGCCAAAGAAACUAUCUAUUGGAGAUGUCUUAACUGGAGGUGACUUAUAUGCAACAAUUUUUGAAAAUAGUCUGAUGGAGCACCGCAUUGCUGUUCCUCCUGGAGCAAUGGGCAAGAUAACAUAUAUUGCACCACCUGGUCAAUACACUAUUCAGGAUACUGUGCUCGAGUUAGAAUUUCAAGGAGUUAAGAAGCAUCUUACAAUGCUCCAGACCUGGCCUGUGCGUAAACCUAGGCCUGUCUCUGCCAAGCUUGCAGCUGAUACACCCCUCCUGACCGGACAACGAGUUCUUGAUGCUCUAUUUCCAUCAGUGCUUGGAGGAACAUGUGCCAUACCUGGUGCAUUUGGUUGUGGUAAAACUGUUAUUAGCCAAGCACUUUCAAAGUAUUCCAACUCUGACACUGUUGUCUAUGUCGGUUGUGGUGAGAGAGGAAAUGAGAUGGCUGAGGUCCUAAUGGAUUUUCCUCAACUGACAAUGACCUUGCCUGAUGGACGUGAAGAAUCUGUGAUGAAAAGGACUACUCUUGUUGCAAAUACCUCAAACAUGCCAGUGGCUGCCCGAGAGGCUUCAAUUUAUACAGGUAUUACUUUGGCUGAAUACUUCCGUGACAUGGGAUACAAUGUCAGUAUGAUGGCAGACUCCACUUCUCGUUGGGCAGAAGCUCUUCGUGAAAUUUCAGGACGUUUGGCUGAAAUGCCGGCAGAUAGUGGAUAUCCAGCAUAUCUGGGUGCACGAUUGGCUUCUUUCUAUGAACGGGCUGGUAAAGUUAAAUGCUUGGGAAGUCCAGACCGCACAGGUAGUGUAACAAUAGUUGGAGCCGUUUCUCCUCCUGGUGGAGACUUUUCGGAUCCAGUGACUGCAGCAACGCUUGGUAUUGUUCAGGUUUUCUGGGGUCUUGACAAGAAACUUGCGCAACGCAAACAUUUCCCAUCUGUCAACUGGCUUAUUUCCUAUUCAAAAUACACAAAGGCAUUAGAGUCUUUCUAUGAGCAGUUUGACCCAGAUUUCAUUUCUAUCAGGACUAAAGCUCGUGAAGUCCUGCAGCGGGAGGAUGAUUUGAAUGAAAUUGUUCAACUUGUUGGCAAAGAUGCUUUAGCAGAAACUGAUAAGAUUAUCCUGGAGACUGCAAAACUUUUGAGGGAAGACUAUCUGGCUCAAAAUGCAUUUACUCCGUAUGAUAAAUUCUGCCCAUUUUACAAAUCUGUGUGGAUGAUGCGAAAUAUUAUCCAUUUCAAUACAUUAGCUAAUCAAGCUGUAGAAAAAGGAGCUGGUUCAGAAGGGCAGAAGAUUACCUACAAUUUAAUAAAACAACGAUUAGGCGACCUUAUUUAUAGACUAGUGUCUCAGAAGUUUGAAGAUCCUGCCGAAGGAGAACCUGCCUUAGUAGCCAAAUUCAGCAAAUUAUAUGAGGACUUGACAGCUGGCUUCCAUAACCUUGAUGAAUAUCAUUAAGUGUAUUGUUAUCAUUUGGUGCUUGCUACUGGAUGUUGCCUUUUUCUAUCAUAGCCAAUUUGCCAAGGCAGAUUAUUAAACUGAAGCAGCUUAAGCUUUUGUAUCACUGGAGUUAUUGUAAUUAUCCUCUUUUUAUUUAUCGAGGCUGGCACAAACUGUUGAUAGGCUGCAAGUAGGGAAAAUAGUGAUUAUUUUUUUUUAAGGGAAGUCAUGUUGCAGCAUGCAAUUUCUAGUAAUUUUCAAGAGUAUACAUUGUGAAUCUAUGCAUAUGUCGCAUAGAUUGAAAAUAAGUUAAGUUUCAUGAUGUAUUAUUGCUCUUUGUUUAUGAAGUCAAUUAUAGAUCAGUUAACACAA